AUGACUCGCAGAGACCUUCUUCUUGACCGUCACGUCCAUGCGACCGCCGGUGGCCGCUCUCAACAAAGCUUCAGCUCGGGCAUCGCCAAGCCCUACACCUGGCGCCGGCGCCGGCUGGGUUGGGCCUCCCGGCCCGUCGCCUCGAUGAGGGCUCGCUGGCCCCGAAACUUCCAGGCUUGGUCUGCAGCCGAAUCGCAACCAAUGUCCGUUGCCGCGACGGUUUCCGACAGCGCGGGCGGCUUCAAUGGUCCGGUGCAUAGUGUACGCCAAGACCUUAUGCGCGCUCACCACGAGUGCCUGCCCGGGGCUCGAAUCAUCAUUGCCCGCCCGCCCAGCGUCCACUACCGGGAAGCAGCCCACGCGCCCCUGCUGCAGCCGGCUGAGUUUAUCAGUCAAUCCAGCGACGGCCGCAGCAUCCUCGGCGUCUUGCAAUGUCUCGAGGAUGUCUGCUUCAAAAUCCACGUCCCAUUCAUAUCCAUGUCCUCACCCGCCUGGCCGCCUGUCGAUGAAUUGCGAUGCAUCUUGGCAUACAGUCCCAAUGGCGAGAAGUGCGAGUUCUUUUGCAACUCUCAUGACGUCACUCUUAUCGGUGAGACAUCUGCCGAACACCUGUCUGUCAAACUGGGGCAAAUACAAAUUAUUGAACCGGGCAUGUGGACAGUUGCUGUGUCUUCGGACCUGGUGUCUCCCGGGAACGGACCGGGCUGUCCGCGUGCGGUGGUGGAAUUCCUGCUGCUGGAGCGCACGUACCAAGGUACUCUGUCAGGUCCAACAGUGGCAGAAGAUGAUGCACCCCCUACUUCCCCGGCGGAAGCUCAUCAUUCGACGGCGGCCAUUCCCAACGCAGCUCCGGUCGAUGACAGAGUAGCAGAGUUUGUCAUGGGAACUGUUCAGUCACCCGAAGCCGAGACCAAGUUGGCGAGCAUUCCGGAAGAAGAGCCACUCAGAAUUGAACGGGGUCCUUUUUAUUGCCUGCGGGACAGGGAGACCCUCCGGAUUACAACGCGCCCGUCGGGAAGUAAUAACGCUGGCAUUGAACGUCGCUACGCGAGCACUGCCGAGUCGUAUCAGGUCACACGCCUACGGAAAAUUGAUCGAAAUCGACAUUCGAGCGUGUUUGCCUGCAUCCAUAGCAAGCUCCCACACACUACCCUCGUGGCCAAGGCUCUCAAUGUCAAACCCGGUGUUCGCAACUCCAUUACUUCUCUUGCAAAUCAUUGGAAGAAUGAGGUGGACGUACUGAAAAAGUUGAAUCAUAAUAAUAUUGUAAAAAUUCGGACGUAUGAUGCACGCUUCUUCACAGUCUACCUAGAGCAUCUGCCCGACUCGCUGGCAUCCUACCCCGAAGAGCCGGGCUUCACUCCAAAGGAUGUCGAGACCAUUCUGUUAGACGUCGCCUCGGCCCUCACCUACCUCGACGAGCAGAGGAUCAGCCACAACGACAUCAAGCCGCGCAACAUUGCCUACUCGCCGGAGCGCGGCGCCGUCGUUCUCGACUUUGGGCUCGCGACCCAGGGCUCCCGGGUGCCGCGGAAGGCGGGCGGCACGGCGUGGUAUGUGCCCCCCGAGGUGCUCUACGAUGGCGCCCGGUCGCCCCGGGGCAACGUGUGGGCGUUUGGCAUCACGAUGCUCUACGUGCUGGGCAUCAUCGGUACGCCCGAGGACAGCGGGAGCGCGUGGGACUUUCUCAACCUCAAGGACCCCAACGGCCCGGACCGCGUCGCCAUGGAGGGCUGGCUCGACUUGAUCUGCGAUAAAGUCGACGCGCUGGACUGGGACGACCCGGUGCAGUUCGUGGUGUUCUGCAUGAUGGACCAGGAUCCGCUUCACUGCCCCGCGAUGAUCAGCUUCCUCGAGGAGGAGGGGUGCAACGCGAGGGGCGGCGGUGGCUACGGUGCGGGUGCGGCGGCGGCGGCGGCGGCGACGACCAGCGAAGAGAGCGGACGGCCCAAAUUCUGGAUCGAGUUCCGGACGUUUGACGAUGGCAUGCACACUACAGAGGAAACGUCCUCGUCGUCGACGCCAGCAGCUUCGUUCCCCCAGUUCGUGCGGCUGCCCCCGGAGCUGCGCCUGAAGAUCUGGGAGUACCUGGUGCGUCCGCGCAUCGUCGUGGCGUGCUGCCUGGAGCGCGACGGGCGGCUCCCGGAGCGACGCGCGCAGCUGCGCAAGCGGACGGCGGGGGAGUCUACUACUACGGACGGCCACGACGACGAUGGCGGCAUCGCCAACGGCAGCUGCAGCCCCGUGCUGCUGCGCAUCAACCGUGAGGCGCGCAGCGUAGGCCUGCGCUUCUACGAGCUCACCUUUAGCUGGCGCAUCUCCAAGCUGCUGUCCGACACGCCCGUGUCGCAGCCCGCGCGCGUGUGGUUCAACUUUGCCCUCGACGCGCUGUACCUGACUGGCGAGCUCGAGGCCUUUGACGCGUACGGCUUCAACUCGCCCAUGGUGUACUUUCUGCGGCCCGAGGACACGCGCCGCGUGCGCCACGUCGCCUGCGCCUUCGCCGAGCUCGGCUACCCGCGCCUCGAGAGCGACCAGAUAUUCGGGUGCCUGUGGCACGUCGCGGACCGGUUUCGCGCGGCGGAGAGGCUGCUGCUGGCGCUGGGGCCCGGCGAAGAGGAGGUCGCGCACUGUAAGAAGUUGGCGGCGUCGAAGUCGUCGUCGUCGUGUGGCCGCGAGGCGGGGUGCGUCUUGACGCUGACGGACGAGGACAACGUGAUGCAGAAGAUUUGGGAGGGCUGGAUGGGCACGGUUCGGGGCAGGCAUGUGCAGGACGACCGGACGCAGCUGGUGGACAAGAAAAUGGUGUUGGUGCGGGAGGAGAGCCUGGCUGAUGUGAUUUCUAGCUUUUAG